CGAUUUUAGGAACUAGUCUGGGGCACGAAACUGUCCCAAAUAGACUCUUCCUCUGGAGGUGACACCAGCCAGGCAAUGUUGCCAAGUCCUACAGGAUUACCUUUAGCUACUAGUCCAGCUUUGGCAUCACUCCCUCUUACGCCAACUUGGGAAAUGUUGCAGGAAACCACAGCCAGACUGCUGUUCAUGGCAGUCCGAUGGGUGCGAUGCCUGGCGCCAUUCCAGACCCUCAGCAAGCACGACCAGCUGCUGCUGCUGCAGGAGUCCUGGAAGGAGCUCUUCCUGCUGCACCUGGCCCAGUGGUCGGUACCGUGGGACCUGUCUGCCCUGCUGGGUUGUCCGCAGGCCAGGGAGAAAUUGCCUGCCGAUUUGCAUACGGCGACCGAGAUCAAAACUAUACAGGAAAUUAUGUGUCGCUUUCGACAGAUUUCUCCAGAUGGCAGCGAAUGUGGAUGCAUGAAAGCAAUUCUACUCUUCACACCUGAAACAUCAGGCCUCUGCGACGUUCAGCCAGUGGAGAUGCUGCAGGACCAAGCGCAGUGCAUCCUGGGAGACUACGUCCGCACCAGGUACCCCAGGCAGCCUACCAGGUUCGGCAGGCUGCUCCUCUUGGUUCCUAGCCUGCGAGCCAUUCGGCCCGUCACGGUAGAGCUGCUGUUCUUCAAGGAGACGAUAGGAGAUAUCCCGAUCACCCAGUUGUUGGGAGACAUGUAUUACAUGGAGAAGUGUAUAACCAACCCGUAGGAGAUUUGAUUCAAGACGUUUUAUUGGAAUGAAUUACUGCUGCUGAUCAUCAGUCCACAGAUCACUUAAAAUCAAAUUGCCCACCAGCUUCGGCUGCUUUUUCUGGUACCAAGCUUGUGAGCCAUUCGGUUCGUCACGGCGGUAGAGCUGCUGUUCUUCAAGGAGAUCAUAGGAGAUAUCCCGAUCACCCUGUUGUUGGGAGACGUUUAUCACGUGGAGAAGUGUAGAACCAACCCGUAGGAGAUCUGAUUUAGGUCUUUUCAUUGAAACUUUCUGCUGCUGAUCAUUUACCGAUUAAUUGGAGUCAAAUUGCCUACCAGGUUCAGCAGGUUGCUAAUUUUGGUAGACAUCGAUGCUGCUGCUGAUCAUUCACCGAUUACUUAAAGUCAAAUUCCCUACCAGCUUCGGCAAGCUGCUCGUUUUGGUGCCUAGCCUACCAGCCAUAUCUGGUCCAUCACAGUCAAGCAGCUAUUUCUCAAGGAGACCAUGGGAGAUUAGGAAAUAUCCCGAUCACCUAGUUGUUGGGGGACAUGUAUUACAUGGAGAUCUGAUUGAGGGCGUUUUAUUGGAACUUGUCGAUGCUGCUGAUCAGUCACCGAUUACUGAAAGUCAAUUUGUCUACCAGGUUCGAGAGGCUGCUCCUUUUGGUGCCUAUAGUAACUCAUCGCCG